AUGUCGGACCCAAAGCGCGCCCACCUCUCCGCCGACGCGCUGCUACCCCAAGAUAGACCUAUAACCGCACCUCUUCAUACAUGGUUCACUUCGCCUGCGCGAUCGCAUAGCAACAUUGCGCAAGCGAAAGAGCUUCCGUUGCAUCUGAUUCAGCUGAUCCUCACUCAUCUUGACGAUGCUGGUGAUCUUGCGCGCAUUACGCGCACAUCGCGUCUUUUCUACUACAUGACCCUUCCGCGUCUCUAUGAGAAAGUUACGCUACACUCCUACGCGGACAUACGAUACGUAGAUGGCAGACCUGAGGGUUACGGUAAUGGAAGUCCAUUUGCCAUGGGUCUCAACACCCUGGUGUCGAGAAACUUUGGCGAAUACAUACAGACAUUCCGUGUCGUGGGCGACUGGCGAGAGCACGAUGUAGACGACUACAAGCAAGGCCGGGUACCGGACAAUAGCAUGAUACUGCAGGUCGUCAUGCGUGCCGCACUCGACAAAAUGAAGAACCUCAAGGCUUUCGCCUGGGAGAUGAACACUCCUCCAUUGUGUACAGUAUACCAAGGCAUUACAGCUAGAACAUCGCUAGUCUCGCUCACCAUUCGAUGUCCAACACGGCGAACACCACGACCCACCACCAUCAUACCCCCACUUCCGAAUCUAGCCACACUGGUUGUGUACGACAUCGAUCCACUCUGCUAUCCAGACGAUAUAUCGCUGCUUUUACUGGGUUCCAAGAAGCUGGAAAACCUCAAGUUGCACUGGAGUCCGCGCAUGCGAGCUAUAGGAGAGGAGUCAGUCACUCUGCUCUCCAUAUUCGGUCGAUGCGUCGCUGCGAGAUAUGCGAUACCUAUCAAACGCAUGGCGAUUUACAACGUUUAUACUCGCUUCUCUGGUGAUGACUUCCACCACGUUAUCAACCACGAUGUCCAGACAGAGAUCACGGUUAUCAACUCCAUGGGCAAUUCCGAUCCUAUGACGGUCUUUGCCGACGAUUCCUGGCGAGUACACAACAACCAUCCGACGCCCCGUAAUCUAAAGAUGAUACGCACCGACAACACCGACAAAGAGAGUGUUGUUGUGCUGGGGAAGUUCAAGGGCUUGGAGCGAGUGUACAUCGUGAGUAAUAGGCGAGGCAAGGAAGCAUCGAAACCAAAUAGCACAGCUGCAACGCCUACUACACCGUCCACUAUGACGCCGGGCAUGAACGGCGGUACUAGCGCAAGCGGCACUCCCAAUGCUAUGACUGACCAACGCUGUCGCAGCGUCGGAAGCGAGUUCCUUGCGGCCAUUCAAACCAAUCACAAUCACAGCAUUCGCCAUCUUCUUCUUUCAGAUCGUUGGAUACUAUCUGACGACACUCUGUUCAGACUUUGCCAGUUAUGUCCCAACUUAGAGCAACUCGGUUUCGCUUGCGCAAUCCCACCCCUCGAGUCGGUGCGCCAAGUUUUCGCUCUGGUGCCGAAGCUAUGGGCCGUCCGUUUCCUUGUCCGCCCAAGUUACGAUACGGGCGACUCGAUGAUGGAUGAUUCGGAAGCCGAGAUGCACGCGUUUGCGAUUGGAACAGAGUUUUGGCGACCAGAGUACAGGAAUAUCAAGUACGUUGGAUACGGCGACAAUAUCGUAUUCAGGCUAGGUGGCGUUUAUUUCCCCCCUAAGGGCAAGGAUCCGAUGCCGAAUGGUAACGAGAAGAGCUUUAAUGCGAAAAGAGCGGGACCGAAGAGAAAGAUUGACGUCUUGAAGAGAGAGGAUGUGAAGGAUAUUGAGAUUUGGGGGAUGGAUACUACAGAGUUCGACCCGAAGUUUCCUUGA